GUAUGAUGUUCUCCUUGGUCUUUCUACUGCGGGCUUGGUUCUUGAGGAGCUUCACGGAACCUUAAAUCAGCCUAACGUCCUAAGAAACCUUGCCGAUCGUGGCAUGUGAUGGUGUGUGUACGAGAUACCACUCUCUACGCUUCUGGCUCUGCCCUUUUUGGUUUGGGAUAUUCAGGCCCUCUUCCACCGUACAAGCCACGUCUCCGCUACGUGCGGAACCAAGGCAACAACGGCAUGGAGCUGAGCUAACCGGCUGUUAUAGAGGCGGUCCCAGGACGCCACAUCUUUCUUCCUCAUUCUAAAUCACCGCCUAUUGUCACCAUGUCAUUCCUUGCCAACGUCAAGUCGGUGCUCAGCGGAGACACCCUUGUUCUUACGAGUCCUAACAACCCGGCGGCUGAGCGAACACUCUCGCUUGCCUAUGUUUCCGCCCCUCGUCUGAGCAAGGACGGCGAUGAGCCGUACGCUUUCCAGUCGCGCGAGUUCUUGAGGGCACUGACCGUCGGAAAACAAGUCAAGUUCAGCGUUUCGUACACCAUUCCUAACUCCGGUCGGGAAUAUGGAACCGCUCUUCUCCAGGAUGGGACCGAGCUUCCGGAGGCAGCAGUCACCGCUGGUUGGCUCAAGGUUAGAGAAGAUGCUGGCCGGAAAGAGGAGUCCGACGACAUCCUCGCCAAGAUCGAUAACCUUCGGAACCUCGAAACAGCAGCAAAGGACGAAUCCAAGGGACUGCAUGCUGGUUCCGGCGGCUUCAUCGAGGUUCAGAAUGACCUAGGUGGCCCGGACUUUAUGAAGCAGUGGAAGGGCAAGACAGUAGAUGGCAUUGUCGAGCGCGUUAUCAGCGGCGACCGGCUGCUCAUCCGUUUACUCCUUGAGGAGAAGAAGCACUGGCAGGUCAUGACGCUCAUGGCUGGUAUCCGCACUCCCUCGACCGAGCGUGUCAACCAGUCGAACGGGCAGACACAACCCGCAGAGGAGUUUGGUAACGAGGCCCGCAGCUUUGUCGAGCAGCGCCUUCUCCAGCGCCCGGUCCAGAUCAAGAUCGUGGGCGCCAGUCCCCAAGGUCAGCUCGUCGGUGCCGUUAUUCACCCUCGCGGGAAUAUUGCCGAGUUCCUUCUGAAGGAGGGUCUUGCUAGGUGCAACGACUUCCACUCCACCAUGCUCGGCGGUGACAUGGCUGCCCUCCGUGCCGCCGAGAAGGAUGCUCAAGCUGCCCGCCGUCGUCUGCACAAGGGCUUCGUCGCCAAGUCUACCGACAGCAAGGAGCACGAUGCGACCGUCACCAAAAUCAUUGGCGCCGAUACAAUCAUCAUCCGGAACAAGGCCGGCGUCGAGAAGAGGCUCAACUUGAGCAGUGUCCGUGGCCCCCGUGCCGGAGAAUCGUCCGAGGCGCCCUUUAGGGACGAAGCGAAGGAGUUCCUGCGGAAGAAGCUGAUCGGCAAGCACGUCCGCAUCUCAGUCGAUGGCACCAAGCCCGCCAGCGACGAUUUCGAGGCCCGUGAGGUCGCUACGAUUACCCAAAAUGGCAAGAACAUCGGGUUGCAACUCGUCCAGGAAGGCUACUGCUCGGUUAUCAGGCACCGGAAGGACGACACCGAUAGGGCAUCCAACUACGACGAGUUGCUGGCAGCUCAGGAGACCGCCAAGGAAGAGAAGAAGGGGAUGUGGUCUGGCAAGGCGCCUAAGGUCAAGCAAUACGUCGACAUGUCGGAGAGCGUCCAGAAGGCGAAGAUGCAGCUGUCUACGCUUUCCAGGCAACGGAAGGUCCCGGGUAUCGUUGAUUUCUGCAAGUCCGGGUCUCGCUUCACCAUCCUGGUACCGCGCGAGGGUGCCAAGCUCACAUUAGUCCUCGCCGGUAUUCGUGCUCCUCGCUCCGGCCGGACUCCCCAGGAUAAGGGUGAACCUUUUGGUCAGGAGGCCCUAGACCUAGCCAACAAGCGCUGCAACCAGAGGGACUGCGAGAUCGAUGUGCACGAUAUCGACAAGGUCGGCGGUUUCAUCGGCGACCUCUUUGUGAACCGGGAGAGCUUUGCCAAGAUUCUCGUCGAAGAGGGUCUGGCCUCUGUUCACAAGUACUCGGCUGAGAAGUCCGGUAACGCUCUUGAGCUUUUUGCCGCGCAAGACCGUGCAAAGGAGGCGAGAAAGGGGUUGUGGCAGGAUUGGGACCCGUCCCAGGACGCCGAACAGGAGGCAGAGGCCGCCGCUGGCGAACCCGCGGCAGAUGCCUCGGUCACGAUCGAGAAGAAGCCGGAGGAUUACCGGGAUGUCAUCGUCACCAACAUCGAUGCGAACGGCAGGAUCAAAGUCCAGGAGAUCGGCAAGGGCACAGACGCGCUCGAGUCCUUAAUGGACCAGUUCAGGCAGUUCCACAUCAACCCCACGAACAGCGCCGUCAUCAAGGACGCGCCGAAGGCCGGGGAUUACGUAGCUGCGCAGUUUACGGAGGACGGCGAGUGGUACAGAGCCCGCAUCCGCGCCAACGACCGCGCCGCCAAGGUAGCCGAGGUCGUGUACAUCGACUACGGCAACUCGGAGAAGCAGCCGUGGUCGAAGCUCCGGCCGCUCAACCAGGCCCAGUUCACGGUCCAGAAGCUGAAGCCCCAGGCCAUGGACACCCAGCUGUCGUUCGCGCAGCUCCCGGCGUCCCCCGACUACCUCAGCGACGCCAUCAACUACCUCUACGAGCUCACCGAGGGCAAGCGGCUGGUGGCCUGCUUCGACUACGUCGACAACAAGGAGGGCCUGACCUACGUGACCCUGUUCGACCGCAAGCCCGAGGGCUCUAGCACCGAGUCGAUCAACCGCCAGAUCGUCCUGGACGGCCACGCCCUGGCCGCGCGGAAGCUGAAGGCGUGGGAGCGCAGCAAGGUCUUUGAGCCGGUCCUCAAGAGCCUGCGCGAGGCCGAGGCCGAGGCUAAGGAGGGGCGCCGCGGUAUCUGGGAGUACGGCGAUAUCACUGAGGACUAAGUCAUAGGGGUAGGCUGUCUGUGGCUGAGGAGCAUAUCUCGCAUCGCGAAAAGAGCGUGGGAGGAUCGAAAACCGGAAUCGGAAAAAGGCGCGUGGGUUGGCUGGGCUGCACACUAACGUAGUUAUUUACACAUCCCAUGAUUAGGGACGCUUUGAGUACCACUGGCAGAAUAAAAAUCACCGGUCUGCGGUCUGGGUCCCAUGAUCUAUCUCUCUUCAUCAGCUUUAUCAAGCACCACCUUCUGGUACGUAAU